AUGGGAAUUGUAGUCCGUGUCCGUGCCAUCCAGAAACCCGCGGGAAUUUGUCAGCUUCUGUCCUCUGCCUCUUUCAUAGCCUGCCAGUCUUCACUAACCAAGACAACCCCUUUGGAAACGUUCCCCAGGGUGGACAACCCUAUUGGCCAUCAAGAAGCCAGAACUGGAGCCACAAGGCCGCAAGCUCCCAUGGCCACAGCGGCCAGUUCCCCUGAGCUGUCUGAGGAGUCCUGGCCGUCCAGCUCGGGGACCCCCUCCCCACCCAGUACCACUGAAGGACAAAGCACCUCUUCACCACUCACCCUGACUGACAACGCGGACUCCUCGGUGGUAGCCAAGUACAUAAACAGGUUCCGCCAAGCUCAGCCCACAAGCCGAGAGGAACGCCAGCCUGUGGGCCCGACCCCAGCUGACUUUUGGUGGCUACAGCCCAAGUCUUCAGACUUCAGUAGUUACCCCGCCGCACCAGCAGGGCCUGGUGAACUUAACGGGAGAUCUACAGUUCCACCUCCCACUGGGACGGCCAGUUCAUCCCCGGCUUCGGCUCCUCUUCAGAAAGCAAAGCAGACUCUGAGCUCGUGGAACUCGUCUCUGCUGGACUUGGAGACCCUGAGCCUACAGAGCAGAGCGGCCAGGCUGCUCAAACGCAGCAAAGCCUCCCUCUCCUCCUCCCUGAGCCCCAGCGAUGCCAGCGGCUCCUCCUUCCUCAUCAGCUCUGACGGCCUCUCUCCCUGCUCGGCAACCUUCCAUCCAGACUCCAACAAGGGUCCUAGUCCAAGAGAACCUGCAUCAGGAGCCCCGGUGAUUUCCCAGGCCACCAUCCCAGCUCACCGCCCGGCCUCCUCUCAGGCAACCCUUGAGCCUGAGGAAGACAUCUUGUACCAGUGGCGCCAGCGGCGAAAGCUUGAGCAGGCGCGAGGAGGAGGAGGAGGAGGAGGAGGAGGAGGAGGAGGAGGAGGAGGAGACGGAGGAGACGGAACCUGGGUGUCGCCUCUGACCCCAGCGCUCACCACUCAGACUCCUCCUGUUUCUGCUGUGACUCUUGGUUCCCAGGGGACCCAGCCUGCUGCUGCUGCUGCUGCUGCUCCCCCAUGGGGCGGUGUGGCCCAGCCUCUUCCCCCACAGGCCUUCUAUGUGGACAGGCCUUCUCCUCUUUCGGGGUUCUCUCCACACAUCUGGGCCCCCAGCCCCCACGGGCUUCUCUGGCCCCCACAAUCCAAUCCCUGGGUACCUGUCGGGAUGAUUCCUGCCCCAGUGCUAGCCUCCACCCUUGCUCCCCUGGCCUCCUUCCAGGCCCCACCUCCCUCUACUCCAGCCGCCCCAGUCCCCACCCCUGCACCCCAAGUCUCCAUCCCAGUGCGCCCAGCCUGCACCUCCGCUUCUCCAGCUUCCUCCACCUCCCUGGGGCCAACCACCCCUGAGCCGAGUAGCUCUGCCCAGCCCCAGGAGCCGAGCCCCAAGCCACGGAGAGCCGGCGCUUCCUCGUGCCCGGUGACUGCCGGGCCGGACACUGCAGCUCCCGAGGCUGCGGGUUCGCAGCUCAGGGGCGCCCUGGGCCGGGUAGUGACAGCUCGGCUGUUCCCCGACGUCCCGGAGGACACGCCUCCUCCUCGCCUCGGGAGCCAGCCUCCUUCUGAGGCCACCGUCCCUCCAGCCAAAGUUCCUCCCCGUCAACCCGAGUCCCAGCGAGGGUCCAGGACAGACUCACGCAGAGCCAUGGCCGCAUCCUCCACUUGUAAAAGUAAAGUCAUCCCCCGAGCCGAAACUGGGGGCUCACGGCCGGCAGCAGCUCCCAAGGCAUCCGCACUGUCUCUAGAGGUCCGGUCGCCAGAAUUGAAGACCUCCGCGACCCAGAGGGGAGCUGGUGACGCGCCCGCCGUGGCCACGCCCACCUCAGGCCACGCCCCCUCCGAGGACUUGCUCGCCCAGGCUGCCAGACUCCUGCAGGCUGCGGAAGACUCUGACGGCAGCGAGUUUCAGGAAGACCCUGUGUUGCGGGUGCUAAGAGCUCAGAGGGCAGAGCUGCGCCAGCAGAAAAGGAAAGUGGAUGCCCAAUUAUCCCUCCUCUUGGACCACAUUGAAGACCCAGGGCCUUCGUCUCCUUCAGCCAGGUCAUCUCCCAGCUCUCCAAGGCGUCUGAGGAGGGAAGGAGCCUCUCUUGAGGCCAGGAGACUUUGAAUUGUAAAAAUCCUGUUCUUCCUGGGCCGGGGAGAUGGCUCGG